GGCGCUACUUGUACCCGGAAAUGGUGACGUAGACAGACGUCUGAAGUAACGUGAUGACGUGGCUCUCUGGCCAGCACCAGCUCUGUGUAAAAGCAACCGGUUCUUACUUAGAACCAACCGCGAACCGGCUCUAGCACCAGCACUAGCACCAGCUCUGGAACCAGCUUGGUGUAAAAGGGGUAUCAGAAGGUUUGUCAGAGCGACAGAAGAGCUGCAGCAGAGACUAAACCUGUCUGAUUCUGGGUUUCUGAGUAAAUUCAGACUCAAAGUUUGUUCUCAACAACUCAGCAGAGUCUGGAGACACCGAGAUCCAACAUGUCUGCUGGCAGCAACCUGAGAUCUGCAGAUCAGUUCCUGUGCUCCAUCUGUCUGGAUGUGUUCACUGAUCCAGUCAGCACACCAUGUGGACACAACUUCUGUAAAACCUGCAUCACUCAUCACUGGGAUGAUAAUGUUCUCUACAAGUGUCCCUUAUGUCAGGAGAUGUUCAACACCAGACCUCAGCUGAAAGUCAACACCUUCAUCAGAGAGAUGGUUUCUGAGUUCAGACGUGAAGCUCAACAGAAAUCCAGCAGCAGCAGCUCAGAGCAACAAGCUGCAGAACCAGGAGAAGUUCCCUGUGACGUCUGCACUGGAACCAGACUGAAGGCCCUGAAGUCCUGCUUGGUGUGUCUGGCCUCCUACUGUGAGACUCACCUGGAGCCUCAUCUCACAAUGUUAGGUCUGAAAAGACAUCAGCUAGUGGAGCCUGUGGAGAACCUGGAGGACAGGAUUUGUACGAAGCACGAUAAACCUCUGGAGCUGUUCUGUAAGACCGACCAGACAUGUGUCUGCACGCUCUGCUCUGUUUUAGACCACAAGACUCAUGAGUUUGUUCCUCUGAGAGAAGAAUAUGAAGGAAAGAAGGCAGAGCUGCAGAAGACAGAGGCUGAGAUUCAGCAGAUGAUCCAGAAGAGACGACUGAAGAUUCAGGAGAUCAAAGAGUCUCUGAAGAUCAGUAACGAUGCUGCAGACAGAGAGAAAGCAGAAGGUGUUCAGGUCUUCACUGAUCUGAAGGAGUCUGUUGAGAGACGUCUGAAGGAGUUCAUGAAGGAGAUGGAAGACAAACAGAAAACUGCAGAGAAACAGGCUGAAGACUUCAUCAAAGAUCUGGAACAGGAAAUCUGUGAGCUGAAGAAGAGGAGCUCUGAGGUGGAGCAGCUCUCACGCUCUGAAGAUCACCUCCACCUCCUCCAAAGAUUCUCAUCCCUGGAAGAUGCUCCACCCACCAAGAACUGGACAGAGGUCAGAGUCCAUCCACCUCCAUAUGAGGGGACUGUGGUGAGAGCUGUGGACCAGCUGGAGAAGAACCUCAGAGAGAAGAUGAAAAAGCUGUUUGAAGCUGAGCUGAGGAGGAUCCAGCAGUUUGAAGCUGAUGUGACUCUUGAUCCUGUUACAGCAAAUCCCUGGCUCAUCAUGUCUGAUGAUGGAAAACAAGUCUAUCAUGGUGAUGUGAAGAAGAAUCUUCCAGAUAAUCCAGAGAGAUUCUCUAUGUAUUCAAAUGUCUUAGGAAAACAGAGUUUCUCUUCAGGCAGAUUUUACUUUGAGGUUCAGGUUAAAGGAAAGACUGACUGGGAUGUAGGAGUGGCCAGAGAGUCGAUCAACAGGAAGGGGAAAAUCACACUGAGACCUCAGAAUGGUUACUGGACUGUUUGGCUGAGAAAUGUAAAUGAGUACGAAGCUCUUGCAGGUCCUCCAGUCCGUCUCCAUCUCAGUUCUCCUCCUGAGAAGUUGGGGGUGUUUGUGGAUUAUGAGGAGGGUCUGGUCUCCUUUCAUGAUGUAGAUGCUGCAGCACUUCUCUACUCCUUUACUGGCUGCUCUUUCAGGGAGAAACUCCACCCGUUCUUCUGUCCUUGUGUCAACGAUGGAGGUAAAAACUCUGCUCCUCUGAUCAUCUGUCCUGUCAAUCAAACUGUCUGAUCAACUCUAAGGGCCAAAUCCACAAAAGGAUUGCGCGGCUUUUGCGGCCGCUAAACCGGUGCAAAUGACACAAAAAGAGAGCGUCUAAUUCACAAAGCACCCGCAAAGGGCGAAUUGCACCACAAACUGCGCUGCCAAGCAAAUAGUGUCAUUGUGCGCCUGUGCCAUUUGCAUGCAUGUAAAUUAGGUAAUAUUCAUACAUUUGGCACAAAAUUGCCCCCUUUCUAUGCAAAUAAGCCUCAUUGCAAAAACCGUCUAAUUCACAAAGGCCAGCGCUAUUUGCCACACGCAAAAAUAGUGGAGCAAAUACCAUCUUUUCGAAGCGUGUAUUAACUGCGCGCAAACUCACUCCUCACUCCUGCUCUGUCUCUGUUUCUCUCUCUCUCUUCAAUAUCAUUCAAGCCUGUGUGAUACUGAAUUAUAUUAAGGGUGAAAUCUACAGUCAAACAUGACUGUAGACAAUCAGAUCAAGUGGGGUUGUGGACUUAUCUCGGAUUUAAAAAUAAAAAUAACAGGAUGGAGCUCAGGAUUCAUCCAUACAGUAAGGGGCUGCUUUAUUACAAACAAUUCCACCAUAUAAACAUAUAAAUCUAGAAUGUGUGUGUUUAACAGCUGACCUGUAGGUGUGUGUAGCAAAACACAGAACAUGAAUUACCGUCAGAUCCUGAUCUGGGACCUCAUCUAUAAAGCUUGCUUGCGCACAAAAAGGGCCUGAAAGAUGCGGCGACGCGCACUGUACGGUGCGCAAGAGUUUGAAAAGUGGGGGGGGGGGCAUGUCCCCCCCUGUUCCCAGUGGAAAUUGCGCCCUUGCACCUCACGGCGUUUUAUUUUCACUCGCUUUAUUUUUUAUUUCUGCAGUUUUCAUUAUGGACCAAUCUGUGUGCUGAAAUAUGGAGAACACUGGAAACAGCUCGUCUCACUUACUCAGACAAGUGCAAAUUGCACUCAGCUCCAAAACUUUAUGGGCGUGUUUGCGCCGGUAUAUCAUUAGAGCAAAAUCUUUUGUGAAUAGGACCUUAAGGCGGGGCAAAUUGCGGGCGCAAAUGCGGCGCAAUUCACAGCGCUAUUUGCGGGCACAAUCUGUUCUUUGUGGAUUUACCCCUUAAAUGUUCAUGUGAAAUGAUUAAAGAUUCACUCUGAUUGAUGGAAACAAAUGUUCAAGUUCCCUAUUACCUUGUUUAAUCAAAAUUUGAUAAAUGCGAUUUUUUGUCUGAUUGUUGACAUUGACAUUCUGCAUGUUGAAAUGUUAACUUUUAUUUACUCAUUUUACUAGUUUUAACCUGGUACAGCUGCUGCACUCGUAUUUGUACUCGGAGACUUUUCUGCUCUGCUGUCACACCGAGCUGCAGUGACCUGUUAUGAGAAGAUUUGGUGUUUAGUUUCAUCUUUGUUGUGGUGUUCAAAGUACUUUGCAUCCCGAAACUCCAUCACUUCUGCAUCGAGAC